AUGGGACAGGGCAGCAGCGCCCUCCUGCUACUGGCACUCACCCUGAUCUGCACCUGCAGGCUGGCCAUGGGGGAGGACCACAACGAGUCUUUCAUCGACUUCCUGCAAACGUUGCUGGUGGGGUCCGCAGAGGAGCUCUAUGAGGGGCCCCUGGGCAAGUACGACGUCAGUGCAGAUGCCAAGGCAGCGGUGACCGAGCUCAAGUCCUGCAUAGAUGGCCUGCAGCCCAUGCACAAGGCGGAGCUGGUCAAGCUGCCGGGGCAAGCCCUGGGCAGUCAGGACGAUGCCUAG